AUGUCGUCUAUCGAUGCGGACAAGACCGAGGAACAGCAGCAGCGACGCCAGGAGAAGAAGGAUCGCAAACGACCAGGAGAACGGCAGAAUACAAAGGGCAGAGGUGGAGGCGGAGGCGCACGAAGGGGUGGUUCCGCGAAGUUGAGGGGACUACCAAAGGACGCCCAUGAUGUCCGCAUAUCUAAAACACUGACGUGGAUCCUCCGACAUGGCUCGCAGUCGGAGGGUCUUGCCAUGCGCCCGGAUGGUUAUGUGCGCUUGGAUGAGUUACUGGCGCGCCCCAAAUUGCGCGAGCUCGACUUCGCCACACUUCAGGAGAUUGUAAAGAACGACGCCAAAAGUAGAUAUAGCCUCGUGCUGGAGGCGGAUCCGAACUCUAGCGAAGAGGCAUGGUGGAUACGGGCUAAUCAGGGUCAUUCGAUGAAGACGGUUGUGCUCGAUCUAGAGCCUAUCCAGUCUCAUGCGGACAUUCCUACUGGUAUUGCCGUCCACGGAACGACGAAGCGUGCCUGGGAAAGUAUAAGUGCCACAUCGCUAGAGGAACAAGGCCUUAGCAAGAUGUCUCGGAACCAUAUUCAUCUCGCUCAGGGUGUAGCUGGCUCCGGUGUCAUCAGCGGCAUGCGGAGUUCAUCGCAGAUUCUCAUAUUCAUCGACGUACAAAAAGCCAUCGACGCAGGAAUCAAGUUCUAUCUAUCCGCUAAUGGCGUCAUCCUCACUGAAGGAGACGAAAAGGGUUUCCUGCAUCCUGAAUUCUUCUCCCGUGUCCAGACGGCUGAUGGCAAGCCACUCACCGGCUGGGACGGCCCUGAAGGCGUUCCAGCAGUCUCGACACAGACCACUCAUAAAGACACCCAGGCGGCCCGCGCGUCUGAUACAAAGCUUACGGAGGAGCUGGAGAAAAAGGUGGAAGCGACCACGUUAUAG